AUGUCGUGGCUCCUAGGAAGUGACAACAACCUCGACCGCGCAAACAGCUUUGUGCUGCUGGCGGCGUAUGCAGACGCAGCCAGGCUCCACCCCCAAGCCGGCUUGGACAGGGGUGUAGAGUACUUGGAUCUUGAGGAUGACAAGAUCAGCGACUUGGAAGGAGCCCAGGGUGUUAUUGCUCUGAGAGACUGGAAGGACGAUCUCUGUUACGGCACAGGCACGGUGUACCUUUUGGGUCUCGGAAUCGGAGGCGCUUUCGGGCUCCAGGAGGAGUCGCCUCCCAGAUUGAAGCUCAACACCGUUUUGAACCACAUCACCAAAAGAGGCCCCUUUUUGGGCAACACGGCGGGCUGCCUCGCCAUGGGCUACAACCUCGUGGACGCCAUCAUCGACAACUGGAGGGGCAAGCACGACGACCUCAACUCGUUGGCUGCCGGAGCCAUUUCCGGUGCUCUUUUCCGUCUGGCUGCCGGUGUGAAGCCGGCCAUGUACCUGGCGGGUUUGAUGACGGCUGCUGCGGGCGCGUGGUGUGCUGUGAGGAGAUCUUUGCAGUGA